AUGAGAAAGAUGGUAUGCUUCUGACGAAAGGAGGACGUUGCUUGUGCGACCGUGUUGGGGAUUCCUUAGUCGAUCGUCGGGGAAGCAAACCACAUGUUCGUCAGCCAGCCGUGUUUUCUCGGUAUUAACCUCGUUCCGGCAGAAAAAUUGUCCGAGAGGAAGCUGUUGAGCGGGAAUGGAUGGAAGGAGAAACACGGUGCAGUCGUGGUACGAGCAGUCUCUGCACUUUCCCCCUUCCUUCCGUAUUCAUGUUGCACACGAGUCGCCCGCCGUGUUCCAAGGCUGCAGUCACGAAGCUUAAGUCAGUAUCUUUGUGAUAGUGAGCAUAAGUGCAGAGUGAUCCUAGCGUUGUAGAUGGUGAGCGUUUUGCUGGCCUGAUGAGCGGAGUAUCCGUGAGAGUUUGUUGCGCGUUA